AUGCGUAGUUGGAGAAGUGCAAUGGUGCGAAUCGUUACAUAUAAUAUGUAUGGUAAUGCACAUAAAGUAACAACACAAUCGUGGAAUCGGAUAUUGUUGACACAAGAUGAACAACGGCAACCUGACAUUAUAGCUAUCGGAUGUCAAGAAGUGGCCAUGUUUAAGUUUUAUAAGAGUAAAAAUUUUCAACGUCGUAUGACCGAAUAUAUGGCGAAACGUGGUUAUAAGAAAUUAUAUCAUGCACAUGUCGGUGGCAAUUUCGGCCUCUUUAGCGAACUAACUAGCAAGUUCUAUAAACCAAUACAACUGUUAAUUUACGUUCUACAUUCCUCACAAAAUCGUGUUCAAUUGAUAGAUGAAAAUAAAGUUAGAAGAACAUUUGUCGACAAAAGAUACAAGGGUAUUAUGGCCGGUCGAAUACAAAUUGAUGGAUCGAUCAAUAUUCUCCUUGUUAGUGGACAUUUUCCGGCGAAAGAAGAUCGAGUUGUUGAGCGAUAUCAAUUCAUAUUUGGUGAUCUCAACUGGAGAAGUACGGGAAAAACACCCGAGCAAUUAGUAAAAUUAGUAGAAGAAAAGAAUUUUAAUGAAAUAUUAUCAGUAGAUGAAGUAUGUUAG